AUGGCGGAAGCAGCGCUGGGUUUCACACGACGCCCCGCUGCUCAGACCCCGAGUCAGGGGAAGCGAUGGCGGCCAGUGCGGAGAGAAGGAUCUGUCCGCCUCAAACGACUUCCGUCUACGGAAGUCAUUCGAAGUUUGUCGUUGUCUCCAGCGGACUGCGCCCUCGAUGCGAUCUGUGCAUUCAGCUGCUCUCCUGAGCUUGGUGUCGCUGCGGCCUUUGUCCGGAAACUUUACGCAUCCGACAUGAAUUGUGCUUUUAUUUAUACGUUCAUUUCCUUGCAUCCGUUUUUUAAUAUGUUGUCUGCGGCAGUUCAUCCGCCAGGUCGUGAGGAUUCGCCAUGGUUCCUCGGCUGCUUCAAUGCCAGCGACUCAUCUUUCCUUUAUACACCCAAGGGUGUCCAUGACCUUGACCCGGUAACCUGCUCUGCACGCUGCCUGGAUGACGGUUACCAGGUUGCAGCGUUGACCUUAGAGAGCUGCUACUGUGGCAGCAACGCGCUACGUGGUUUGGUGGUCAGCGAGUGCUUCAAUGCAUCUCCAAAUAAAGGCUCCAACGAUGGCAGAGGGGGGAGUGAAAGACAAAGUGUUCUGCACUGGCCUGUUGGAAGUGGACAGGGGAUUGUAGCACUCUACACAACCGAAGGACCAUUUCUGCACAGCAGCAUUCAUCUGGUUAUUUCUGCAGAUAUAGCGCAGGCUGGGAAGGCUUUUCUCAUGGAGGUUUCUGGGAAACUGGCAGGCAGACCCAACCAGCCCACAGGGAUUCUGAAUGUGGGAGAGCAGGACCUCUCUUAUGUUACUGUGGAGUUUCUGGGCAUGACCCUGAAAACCCAGCAUUCGUGUCAUCCUUCUUCAGAUCACUUGGUGAUCCCUAUGCUCCAUGACUCCCUGGGCACCCCUUCCUGUGCACCCUUCAAACAGACAGAUUUGCACGGCAUGGCCAUGCAAGUAAUGCUCCUGGGUGACCCUGUCACACUGCAGGAAUAUGUGGGUGAAGGUCUGGUAGUUGGGCAUCCUGCUCUUUCUGACCUUAACAUUGGUGCAUCAGGUAAUCAGCUGACUGCUGGAGAAUGCAUUUUUCUGAGUGUGGAGCUGUUCACCACUAUAAACCACCUCAGCCUCACACUAAAUCCCAAAAACAGCAGCUACGCUACAGGAGAAGAGGCAGUGGUGGUUUUGCUUUUCAACCACACUGGGACAGUUGCAGUUGAACUUCGAGCUGAGAAUCAAGUGUCUUCUCAGAACAAAAGCGUGAUAGUGAGUGUUGAGGGGAACAGGAAGCCUUCACCACAAGUCAGAGUUAACCCAAACUGGCAGCCACCAAACAAUCAAAGUCCUGUUCACAAGGGCAACAAUGCAGUGAGGAUUUAUGCAGCAAAGCAAGCUUAUCCCACAAACACAAAUAUAACUUUCAUAGCUGUGGCUGAUGUACCAGAACCUGUAGAGUUCAUUUGGCACUUUGGAGACUCCAAAUCAGCCAGAACCACAUCAAGGACGGUCAUCAAAAGAUACAACAGACCUGGCAGGUUUGAUGUACUUGUGGCCAUGUCUGAUGGUCAGAUACCCAUCACCUCUGAAGUGUUCCCAGUGGUUGUCCAGAGAGUAGUGAGACUCAACAGGCUCGUCCACCAGGCCUCAGUCCUGCAGAACCAGACUGUGAGAGUGAGCUGCCGGGUCAGUGUGGGGACCAACCUCACAUUUCUCUGGAGCUUUGGAGACGGAUCAUACAGGAUGGGACAGAGCACAGAACAGCAUGUCUUCCACAGAACAGGAGAGUUCAGAGUUGAAGUGACUGUGUGGAACCUGGUCAGUUCUGCCUCUCUGAGCAGUUACAUCUUUGUUGUAGACCGGCCUUGUCAGCCUCCACCAGUCAAAAACAUGGGGCCUCUGCAGCUGCAGGUGCGGAGAUACGAGGUUAUUCACCUGGGAGUUACCUAUGAGCGUGACAUUGACUGUGACAUAACAGGAGGCCUUUACUACACCUGGACCCUGUUUGACUCUGCACACCAGCCCUUCCCUUUGCCUCUCACAGACAUGCACAGACAGAGUCUCACACUGCAGAGCCAUCUCCUGCACUAUGAUACCUACACUGCAAUAGCCAGGGUUCAGGUCACUGGCAGCGUGGUGUACAGCAACUACAGUGUAAGAAUCAAGGUGAUGCCGAGCUCUCCUGUGGCUUUUAUCCAGGGUGGCACCAACGUCUUCAUUAACAACAGAAACACUACUCUAGUAACCCUGGACGGGCAGAGAUCUUAUGACCCUGACUUCCCCUUGACCACACUCAGCUACAGCUGGACAUGCAAGCCAGUCAGUUCAAUCAUCAGCUCCUGUUUCAACCAAUAUGUUCCCACAUCCUCCCCUGUGCUCACAUUUCCUGUCAGUUUCUUAAAACACAACUUUGACCAAUUCCAGGUUGUGCUUACUGUCUACAGCAGAGAGCAUUCAGCUUCAUCAGAGACCUUCCUCACAGUAAUGCCACAUACACUUGGGAAAGUGUCACUUUAUUGCCAUCACUGCCAUGGAGACCAGGUGAACUGGGAUCAGUCGUUCUCUGUCAGUGUUUCAUGUGAAGACUGUAACAUUUCCCCUGAACAAAUCCAAUACACCUGGCAUCUGUACCUGGUUAAUGCCUCCACCCAGCCUGUCAUAGAAGUCCCAUUUUGUCAUGCAGUGGAUCGCAGUGCUCCUUCCACAAUCAUCCAGGGUCCCGUUACUUCCCUUCAGACUCCUGGAGCUUUCACCCUGCAUCCAUCUCCCACAGAUACUUCACACUACACCCAUAUUAUCCAUGCCUCAGCUCCUGUCCUCCCGACUGAGGUCACCUCUAAAACUACAGCCAGCAAGCAGAAUCUGGACCUGACUGACAAUGGGAUCUCAUCAAACAAGAGCAGAAACAUGUCCAACAAAGCUGGCGAGGAAUCAUUUUAUCAUCCUCUGGGAGAGUUUGACCCUCCAGAGAACCACUCUACAAGUGAAAACCCACUGCACGCCCUUGACAUCCUAUUUUCAGACAAGUCUGACCAAAGUGAAGCUAUCGGUGAAUUCCCAGUUGAUUUUGACUCAUCUGCUGACUGGGAAAUUUCUUUUCCUGUCCUGGAAAGCGAUGACAUCAGACAUCAACUAGAUUACGAUGUUCCCUUGACAAGAGCAGAAGAGGGAGACCCAGGGGUUUCAGCUGGAAGACCAUCAGGUGUGGAUGGUGAGACCUUCAGUCUAGGAGAUGACUCAGUGUUUGAUCCAUCAGUACACAAAGAUGAGGGGAGUAAUCUGGUGGAUUCCAAGGCCUCUUCUGUAAUCCAGGAGCCAACUUUGCUUGAUUUACCUCGAGACCCAGUAGACAUGGGCCUUUUUGAGUCCUACACCUACACAGGAAUUUCCUCUCCCAUGCUAAGCUUCAGACCUUUCAGUCUGAGGCCAGGAAGCAGAUACAUGUUGGAGGCCACUGCCAAAUCUCGUAAUAUUUUUCUGGGCCGGACUCAGCUAUUCUUAAAAACCAAGCCUGCUCCAAAAGGCAUGAUGUGCCAGGUACAGCCAGUCAAUGGGGUGGAGUUGUAUACACAUUUCAGCAUCUUCUGCACCUCUGGAAAAGAGGAUUUACUGUACAAGUACAGCUUCAGUGUAGGAGGAAGACCCCCCAGGAUGCUGUAUCAGGGGAGAAACUUCCAGUACUACUUCAGGCUCCCUUCAGGCGACCCCAGCGAUGAUUAUAAAGUAACUAUUUAUACUGAAGUCAGAAGCGGCACAUAUGGGACAGCCACUAAACCAUGUCCUGUCACUGUCCGAGUCCAACCAAGCUUCGUCAGAGAGUCUCUGUCUUCCCAUUGGGAUCCUGAUCUGGAGCUGUCAGAGUCAGGUCUGAGGAACCUGUCGGUUCUGGUGCAGACUGGGAACAGUCUGGAGAUUCGUAAUUACAUCAGUCUCCUGUCCAGCAUUCUGAACAAACUCAGCCUGGACCCCAAGGCCAACACACAUGCACAGAGACACAUACGCAGUGCGCUCAUUUGCACAGUGUGUGAACUCAAGAGCAGUGAACAGCAAUCAAUGGUGGACGGCAUCCUCACUCUUAGAGACCUUCUACAGACUGCAGGUCAGGUAUCAUUAGAGAGUGCAAGGCGAGUGACAGCUCAUGUUCAGGCCAUCUCAGACCAGUUCCUGGAGUCCAGUACUCCAGUCCAGUACCAUCUGGACCACGAGACACUGGACACCCUGAUCACCUUGCUCUCCUACAUCCUGCAGGCCACUGCCACUAGUCAUGACUUCACACUGGAAACGCCCCACAGUGUUUCUAUUAUACAAGCAUUAGACUCACCUACUGGUCAAAACUUAAGAAACACCACUGCUGCUCCUGAUGCUUAUGUACCAGACUCGUCCAGUGGUGCUCAUAUCAAACAGGGAGGACUAAGCUCAGAAAAGCAGGUGGUGCAGCUUGUAGCUGAUCUUCUGCAGACUGCCUCAGACCUGAUGCUGAAAUACCUCUUGUUCCACAACGCUCAGGAGCACCGAGUCAGCACUGGUCUCAUUACUCUGUUUGCCACAUACCAGAACCAAAACUCAACAGUCAUCAGUAGUGGCUCAACCACCUAUCACAUCCCUGUUUCUCUGAUCCAGCAGCUGUUUGUUCAUAGCAGAGAGCAUGAGAGUGUGCAGCAGCUGUGUGUGCUCAGUGUGCUGACUGAGCUCACCCAUAGCCCUUACCCCCAGGACCAGUAUCCUGCACAGCUGCGUGGACCAGUGGUUGACCUGAGCAUGCACAAGUGCAGCAGCAGAAGAAAGGUCCCUGUUCGCUCCCUCAUCCAGCCCAUCAAUAUUGAGCUACAUUAUCCACAAAGAAAGACCUCCGUGCAUGAGUACGUCCUCUUCAGACACCAGGUCAACUACCACAGCUUCAACAUUACCCAGGAGCACCUGCAGCAGGUCAUCCAGUUGAGUGUGGCAUUCACAUCGCUGCCCAGCAAGUUGUUUCCCAUCAUGCUUCUCUUCAGGAUGUUUGACAGGCCGACUCCCAGCGCGCACCAUCUCCACAGGAUUCACCACUGGGAGAGCAACACUACACGCAUCACUCUGUCCCCAUUUUAUCUCAGAGCUGCAGGGGUUGGUCACCUGGCCCUGCUGAGCGCUGCCAAAGCAACCAGACAGAAGCACCUGAGUGAACAGAUGCACUACAGUCUCACAGUUUACAGCAGCCUGUGUUUGUCCUGGGACAGCCACCAGGGGGCCUGGACACCUCACGGCUGCAACACGCAGGAAGCACACACAGCCGAUUCAGUCAACUGCAGUUGUUACCGGCUGAGACCCCUGACUGUGGUGCAGCACCAGAUCCAGAGCAACCAUGACACAGCUGAUCUGGACUCCAUAAGUGAUCUGACAGUGCUGGCUGUGCUGGUGUCGUGUGUGUGCCUGUACAUCCUCGGUUUGGUGGUGUGUAAGAGGGCUGAUAUAGUCUCUGAACAGAAUCGAAGGGUCCACUAUCUUACUGACAACUCUCCAUGUGACCCAUAUCUCUAUGCUGCUACCAUCCACACCGGUCUCUGCUCUGCAGCCUACAUGAGUGCAAAGGUUUGCAUAGUGCUCUAUGGUGAAAAUGGGAUUUCACUGACGAGAGAACUACAAGUCCCAGGAUGCACUCUGUUCAGGAGGAACUCUCAAGAUACCUUUUUAUUCAGUGCAGCAGACAGCCUGGGCCAUGUGUGGGGGGUUCACAUCUGGCAUGACAACUCUGGACCUUCCCCAACCUGGUACAUCAAACAAGUGGAAGUAUCUGAGGUGAACAGAGGGCAUGUGAAAGGACGUGCUUGGCUCUUUGUCGGUCAGUGCUGGUUGGCUGUGAACAAAGGUGAUGGCCAGGUGGAGAGAAUGCUGCGUGUUUGCACCCAGGGAAUAGGCUUUGCUAAGAUGUUGUGUCUAAAGCUAUCUGACUACUUAGCUGACUUCCACAUCUGGAUAUCAGUGUACAGCUGCCCUUACCCUAACUCUUUUACACACACUCAGAGACUUAGUGUGUGUCUGAUGCUGCUGCUGGGGUACGCAUGCGUCAACGCAGUAAUCAUAUCACAUGCAACAGAUGAUCAGUUGCCAUUCGACUUGGGUAUUAUUGAUGCGUCGGCCACCUCUGUGAUGACAGGAGUGUUAAGUGUGGUGGCAGUGUUGCCUGCAGCAACAAUGAUAUCUUUUCUGUUUCGACUCCAUGAGGUCAAGCCAGUGGGGUCAGGAGUCCAACAUGCAAGUGGCAGAAAUACUGCAAAUAACUAUUUUGGAGAUGACCUUUCGGUAAAUGACGGUGUGCCCCAUAUAUCCUGGAUUGGUCUUCAGCAACGGGCACAGGAGACCUGGAGGAAGAAAUGCCAGGGCACAGACCUGCUGUCACGGUCUACUACAGGUCUGGAAAAUAAAGAUACAGAUAAAGAAUCUGUAAUCCAACCAGACGUGACCAUAAGAAAGGAGGAUGCUCCAGAAGUUAGAAGUGGUGAAAGCUGCAAGUUUCAUGAAACUGAAGUUAUUUUGUCCAGUGUAAGGGAUGAAUAUCAAGCCACCCAAGAAGAGAAAAAUCCUGAAGACAAACGGUCAUCAAAUUGUGGCUUUGAGGAAACAUGGCCAGACAAACUGAGAGGGAGAAGAUUCAAACUUAUAUCUGAGUGGUGUCGCUAUCUGUCCUGGGCAUUGUGUCUGCUGUUGUCCCUCUCCUGCCUGGUGCUUUCUGCUGUGCUGGGGAUGAGUUUUAGCAUCAGUAAGGCUCUGCUUUGGAUACAUUCUCUUUUCUUUUCCCUGGUGUCUUGCAUGUUCUUCGUUCAGCCACUGGUGAUACUUGCAGUGGCAGUGACAGUCUCCUUUUGGUACGCAAAUAAACCAGAUUUUCAUAGUUUCUCCAGUAUCACAGAGUCUGAGAUAGAGGCCUCAAACCUAUGGAGCCACAAUGGUGCUAAUCAUCCAGAAGAGCAGUUCAGGUCAUCUGCUUUUCUCCAGAGACAAUGCUCUUACCUCAAAAAGCAGCUGAGAGCUCGUCAGCGAGCUCGACACCUGCGUCUUGUGCGGCCACCGGCUCCAGCAGACCUGAGGAAGAUUUCUGGGAAGAAAAGAAGAGAGACACUCAUCCAUAACACCCUCAGGGAUUUGUUUAUCUGUGUCUCUAUGCUUUUUCUGGUGCUGUGUAUAACCUAUGGAAGUUCAUCUCGUGACCACUACCACCUCAAUAAAGCCAUCAGAAAACAAUAUACAAGGAACAGUGAUAAUGAAUUUAUGUCCAUACAAAAGCAGGAGGACUGGUGGAAGUGGACCCAGACUAGCCUACUAAACGUACUAUACAAGAAUGCAUCCAAAACCGAGCAGUUGCACAUCUUGAUUGGAGAGCCAAUGCUGUGGAAGUCAGAGGUGUCCUGCUCAUUUCAGAGCCAGGUCUCUAGUGUGCCUGUGGUACCAGAAUGUCUUCGUUUAUUCUUGAUGGGGAGCAGAGCGUCCACUCACGCGCAAUCCAAUGUCGUGAUUCCUGUGGCAUUGCCUCCAAAAACAUGUGGGCGUCUGGGCUGCUACUCGAAGUCAAGUGCUGCAGUUGGCUUAGGCCACACAAAGUCUGAUGCUGCAUCCAUACUGAAGCAGCUACACUCAGGUGACUGGCUCGGGGAGCAGACAGUGGACAUGAAGGUGCAGUUCACCUUGUACAGCCCGGCACCCAACCUAUUCACCAGUGUGACGCUGCUUACUCAGCAGAGCCCCAUUGGUGUCCUGCUGCCCUCUUCCAAAGUCCAGUCAGUUAGGGUGUAUCACAAUCCUGCUGGGUGGGACUAUGUUGCUAUGAUGUGCCAGCUCCUCUUCCUCCUCUUGUCCCUGCUGCUGCUCCGUCAUCAAAUAAACACUGUAAGGCAGCAAGGACUGAUGGGAUACUGCAGGACACCCUCUAACUGGCUGGAAGUCACUUUGCUGACAGUGAACCUAGCGCACUAUGUUUAUUACCUUUGUCAAUCUGUUCUUACCAUGGACAUUGUGGAGCUGCUUCAGAGACACAACUAUAAAGGACAUGUUGAUGUCAGCCUCUUGGCUACUAUGGAACAAAAUAUCUGUACUCUGCGUGGUGUUAUGCUCUUCCUUAUCGCCAUCAAGUGUGUGACUGUGUUGAGGGUGAAUAGAACCCUGGCUACCUCUGCUACACUCUUCACCCGCUCACUCUCCAUCCUCUACUGGCCCAUGAUUUCAGGUCUGAUCCUGCUUGUGGCACUGUCCUGUGUGGGGAAUCUGCUGUUCGUACAAAGCUCCUGGGCCUUCAGCUCCAUCCCCCGCACACUUCAGACUCUGCUCAGUAACCGCUGUGGGCUCAGGGCCAUUAAGGGCCUCUUGUUCUCUGGCCGUGAUUUCCUUUACUGUGGACUUCUUUGUCUAUCCUCCACUGUAGCAUGGACAGCAGUGGUAAUGGGUGCUGUAUCCUCAAUGGUCAGAAGUGUGAAAAGGUCUCAGAGAAGGAGGAAGGCCCUCACUGUAGCAGAAUUAGCCAGCUACAUCAGGCAGAAGGUUUCUGAGUUCACUGGACCAACACGGACUGAUAACCACAUGGAGAGAAAGACUUACUACCUUGAAGAGUUUGAAAGCUCAGUAGAUGAACUGUUGUUCAAACUCAAUGCCGUCUUAAACAGGCUGCAUCAAACUCUGCCCCCCAAAGCGCAGUGCUACAUGGAGGAGGAGAGUCCUAUCACCUCACCUACACAGGAGCCCUUCAGCAUGGACACACAAGUGAGCCAGCCUCAUGUCAAACAUGCAGAAAAGACACAGACACACUCAUACAUACUUGUCUCACACACAGUACAUUAUUUUGAAAAGGUGUCUUCUGGAAAACUGAUAAGCACACAUCUUACGAAUGUCAGUGGACAUGGAAAAACCUCACAUGCAUCUCAUCUGCUCAGGUCUAGGCUUGAACUGGAGGUACUGCAGUUCCUGCAGCAGAGAGGUCAGAGGAAAAACAAUCCCUCCUCAGACCUUGUUGUGGCAUCAGAUAAUCUGGAGCAACGAGGAAAAGGAAAUGAAGAAAACAAACCAAAUGACAGAGAGAUUCAGACUUAUGUAAGGGGAAAAAACUUUCUGUCCCUCCAAGAGUCAGCAUCGCUCAUCAGGAUUUGGACAGAAGAUGCUCUGAAGGAGAUUCAGACCACCCAUACAGAAGUGGUGGUGGAGGCUAUAGUCCACGAGGAGCCUGGAAAUGGUUCCUGUGGAGAUGUUAGCUCUGGCUGGGACACUGUGUAAUUUAAAAAAGCAUGCAGCUGUUAAUGUGCUAAUGAGCAUGAAUGGACAAUUUAUUAAUGAUUUACAAAACACAAAAGCUUUUGUCAUACAUAAAUGAAAAUAGAUUUUUGUUUGCUAGGUUCUUGGUAUAUCAUAAUUAAUAAAGUGAUUUUAUAUUUUAAUAUACAACAAGGAUUGAAAAAAAAAACAAUCUGCAGUUAUAAACACUAACAAGUUAUAAUAUGCUCUAGAGUCUGUGUGGGGGGGCCAAACAGUCCAUAGGAAGGGUUCGUCUUUCAGAACUGACUAUCAUGUUCAGCAGCUGCACACAAACUAAGCUUCCUUUAAAAAAGCGAUUGCUUUUUUAUUAUCCUGGUGUGUUCUCUAAAUAUUUAAUACCAUAGCCCUUGGGCUUCAAGGACGAAUUGUGGUGAAUUAUCGUUGUUGAUCAUUUGUAUAUGGAGCCUCUCAUGGUUGCAAUGGUUGGUAUAACAAAUAC